GAAAUUCAGAAGAACCCUUGCGUGAAAUCCAAAUUCAGAGUGAAAUUCGGAAGAAACCUUGGUGAAAUUCAGAAUAAAUCCCAAUCUAAUGACUCCUCGUGUCGACGAUUUCGGCAAUCUCUCUUCCACCGAUGAUGACGACGAUGACGACGGCUUCAAGGAGGAUAUGGCCGCGCUCUCCCGAGCCUGCAGGAUUGUUGUUCCAGGCGCCAAAGAUAAUUCUGCCGCCGAAGACGGAGUUCCGUCGGAGGACCCGCCCAUUGACGCCAGCACCGCCACUGUUUCGGUUGCCACCGACUCGGACUCAGACGGCCAGGACGACCUUGAAUGUCUCAAGAGAGUGCAGAGCCUCUACCAGCCUCUAUCCGUUCUUCCGCCGCUUGCGCCGUUGGCCUUGUCUGACGAUGACGACGACUUGGAUGACCUCGAGACGGUGCGUGCCAUCAUGAGAAGGUUUGGCGACUACAACGAAGGUUUGCGUGAAGAUGGAAAGAAAGUAUUGGUUGAGGAGGAUCAGACCUCCAGCAUGGGCUGUGAGGGUGACGUUGCUAAUGGCUCAACCCAUAACGAAUCAGAUGGUGGUGAAUUAUAUCCUAUUUCUCAAGAUCCUAAUGAGGUUGCCACAGAGGAGUUGAUUGAAAACAUUGAAAUGCAGCUUAGUGAAUUUGUUGAGAGUUCUGAAGCCGAUGCCGGGGAGUCAUCUAGAUUACCACAGAAAAGAUUGAGCUUUCCUCCUGUUGUUCAGUGCUUUAUUGAUGCCAUUAAGAAAAAUAGGGAUUUGCAGAGAUUUCUUAGAGGUAAGUUGAUUGAGCUUGAGGCUAAAAUUGAGGAAAACAAAAAGAUAAGGAAUAGAGUAAAAGUUCUUAAGGACUUCCAGGCUUCGUGCAAUAGAAGAACAGGGAAUGUGUUAUCACUGAAAAAAGAUCCACGUGUUCAAUUAAUAUCUGCAAAAAAGUCUUCUGUUCCAAAGAAAUCUAAGAAGCAAAAAAGGGUACCUGCAAUGUGUUAUGGCCCAGAAGAAAAUUCACGUGCCGCUAAUUAUAGAAUGGUAUUGGAAAGAUUUCCACUUUCAUUAGAUCGGAAAAAAUGGUCCAAGGUAGAAAGGGAAAAUCUUUUGAAGGGAAUUAAGCAACAGUUCCAAGAAAUGGUGCUUGAAUUCUCACUUUCAAUUGAUAGAACUAGUUCAGAGGAAUUGCUUCGGGAGGCAGAUGACAUGGAUAAUAUAAUUGCAUCUGUUAAAGAUCUUGAAGUCACACCAGAGAGGAUUAGAAAAUUUUUGCCUAAAGUUAAUUGGGAUCUUAUAGCUUCCAUGUAUGUUGGUGGCCGUACUGGUGCUGAAUGUGAAUCAAGGUGGUUGAAUUAUGAAGAUCCUUUGAUCAACCAAGGUGCGUGGACUAAGGAAGAGGACAAGUCCCUUUUACUUAUUGUACAAGAUACAGGUAUCAGGAAUUGGUUCGAAAUUGCUGCAUCAUUGGGCACAAGCAGGACUCCAUUUCAAUGCUUGUCACGAUUCCAAAGGAGCUUAAAUCCUUCCAUGCUAAAUAGUGAAUGGACUGAGGAAGAAGAUGCUCAACUCUAUUCUGCUGUGACGUAUUUUGGUGAUGGCAAUUGGCAGUAUGUGGCUUCUGUUUUAGAACGGCGGACAGGAACCCAAUGCUCAAAUAGAUGGAAAAAAUCCCUUUGUCCUGAAAAGAAAGGGAGCUUUACACAAGAGGAGGAUAUACGCUUAACAGUAGCAGUCAUGCUUUUUGGACGGAAAUGGAAUCAAAUAGCUAAAUAUGUUCCUGGCCGGAUCCAAUCUCAGUGUAGGGACAGAUACCUCAAUAGUCUGGAUCCUUCUUUGAAAUGGGGUGGAUGGACUGAGGAGGAGGAUUUAAGACUAGAAGCUGCAAUUGCCAAGCAUGGAUAUUGUUGGUCUAAGAUUGCUGAAGAAGUGCCUCCCCGUACUGAUUCACAGUGCCGAAAGAGAUGGAAGGUGUUAUGUCCUGAACAAGUUCCUUUGCUUCAAGAAGCAAGAAAGAAGCAAAGGUCUAUCAUUAGUUGUAACUUCGUUGAUCGAGAAUCUGAACGGCCAACCAUUACAAUUGAUGACUUUAUGCCUUUAAUUGCGUUAGCUCCAAAAUCCGAUAUUGGUGAUUCAAAACUUCCCAAGAAGCGCAAGUCAAGCAAUGUUUCCAAGAAAACAAGCUCUAAGAAACGUGCAAAAAGAACUCGACGUUGUGCCAAAGAAGUACGAGAUACAGAAGUAUACAACGAUGAUGAGUUAUACGAAGAAUCUGCAUGCAGCAAUCUUCCCAAGAAGAACACGAAUUCCAAAAGGCAUACAAAAAGAAGUAAAAACUGUCCCCAGGAAUUAGUGGAUAUAUCUUGUAGUGACAAGGUCGAGACUUGCAUUGAGGGUUCAGAAAACCAAUCUACCUGUAUUGCGAAUUCGGAAAAUCAAGAUUGGGACGGCAUGACCCUUUCGUCUUUUAUACGCAACAAAUCAAACGAGAUGUUAUCUAGAUUUACCAAAAAAUUGAGUCAGAUUUCCUUCUCCUCUAGGAUUACAGAUGUUCCUGAGCAGGUUGAAAGUCAAAAUCCAUCUGAUGACCAAAGCGGCUCGUCUGAGUCAUGUGAUACUGUUGGAACUAUAAAUUUGUUUGUGCCGCCGAAUAUUGCUUCUGAUGGACGAGUUAGAAACCAAGAGGAUACAAAUGCUUUGACUGGUGAUGAUAACGACGACCAUAUGACCCUUGCAUCCUUUCUAGGAAACAAACCAAAGAAAAAGUGUGAACCUAAAGGACAUCACGUAUGCUCUUCCAAAUUGGACACAGGAUCUGCAUUACGAAAUGAAGAACAUUGUGCAAGCAUGCCAACCAUCAUAUCUGAUGACAGUGGGUCAAUGUCAUAUCAUGUUGAUGCGAUGGAGACUGUUUUACGUGCUUGUGUUGAUAAACCAAUGGAUACCAUUGUGGAAGAAAAGGAUGAUGAGCUUUUUACUUCCCACGUGCAAAACCGGCCAAGGAGGGAACGAAAACGUCCCAGUAGAUUUUUGUAGGCAGGUAAACUUUAUUGUUUCCCAAUACGAGAUAUGAAUAGAAGACAUUUGACUAAAUUUUGUACCAAAUUAUAUUAGGUAGUGGCUAAUCUGUAUACAAAAGCUGGAGUACAUGAAAGCCCACUUUAUCAUGAUCAUAAGUAGUGAGUCGUUUUUGUUUAGUUUUGGGCCUAUAUACAGAUUUUCCGCCUGGAGUAUUUUUGUAAAUUGAUCUCUUCCCAUUUUGUA